GGGAGGAAUAGACCGGUCAAGGUGUAAUGCUGAGUAAAGGGGUGUGCUUAUUUUUCUCUUAUCAAGGAGCGUGAGGAGAAGAGUCUGUCAAGAUGUCGCAGGGCGUCGGCGCAUCGAGUGGUCCCAAGAAGGGCCUGACGCUCGAUGACCUCAGAGCGGCUAUUGACAGGCAUGAAAGAAAUCCGAGCAAUAUCCCCAAGGUCGAUACCUUCCAUUUUUGUGGGGAAAGAGUCUCGGAAUGGCUAGAACGGGUGGAACAAGCUUUGGUCGGGCGGUCGGAUGUUGUAAAGUUUCAGCGCAUUCUUCAGUAUGUUCUCCACAGCUACCACCAGGAAGUGAAGAAAGUUAUAGAUGCGACUCAAGUUCACAGGGAAGCAUGGCUGGAGGUGGGAACCAGGGGCAGGCCAAUCAAGGCAGCGGAGGGAGGGGUGGAGGAAGGGGAUGAGGCAGGAAUGGCGGCGGAAGAGGAGGGCAAUGGAAUGUCCAAGGCCGAGGAAACCAAGGCCAGGGGUAUCAAGGCCAGGGGAAUCAAGGCCAGGGGUACCAAGGCCAGGGGUAUCAAGGCCAGGGGGAUCAAGGAAGUAACCAAGGCCACAGGUACCAAGGCCAGGGGUAUCAAGGCCAGGGAGAUCAAGGAAGUAAGGGGUAUGGGAGAUCCCGUUUUGACUGGAGGACGACCAUCUGCCAGCAUUGUGACCAGCAAGGCCGGGCUGAUUUCUUCCACUAUGGAUGGGAACAUUUACGAUCAGUUUGGGGAGGCCAUUGACAGAAGGCUUGGAGGAGUGAGAGCGGAAGCCCAACGAAGGGCGACAUCCGAGCCGCCACCCCCUGCCACGUUUAGGCUAUGGCAGGAAAAGGAGGGACCACCAAUUGGGGUAGAGGAAGUGGGGAGCGACGAGGAAGUGACUCAAGGACCACGUGGAGGAAGUAGGAGGGAAGAACCCAUAAUCAUCGAAUCGGAUGACGAGGAUGAGGAAAGAAGGAUGAAACCGUCAUCCGUCUUGUUGGGGAAGAUGGAGGACCUACUGGACAAGGUGGGAAGGUACCAGCAGAAGUUGGUAGACCUCUGCGACGAAGUGAGGAAAUGGAGGUCUAGCAUCCCCAAGGUGUUCCACUAUGACUCAGGCCCGGAGUCAGCGCCUAGGCGACCCGGAGUAAAUAUGGUGGGGUCGAGCCCUCAGUCGGGAAUGAUGGGAAGACCCCUCACUCCGCAGGCCCGGCUGACACAGGCAGCACGAACGAGAAGUCAAGCCAAGACAAGUGCCAACCAAGAACCUCCGAGGAGGGAGCCAGAGUCAGGGAAAAGGAAAGAGGCAGUGAAAGUGGAGGAUGACGAUAAUGAGGAGGAAGAGGACGAGAGGCUGCGCAGAGAAGAGGAUCAGAGAGCGGAGCGGCGGGCAAGGAAAAAGGGAGCCAAGGAAGAGGUCGAGCCGGUCGUGCGCGACGGACCGCCCAAAAGGAAGAAGUAUGCGGCUCGGUUGGAGGAGGGGUUUGACGUGGAGAGAGUGAUCGACCGACUGCUAGAAGGGCAUAAUGACCUCAUGACUCUGAAGGAAAUCCUGGCGUCAGCCCCGCGACUCCACGAUGAAUUGAAGGGGAGGUUGUCGUGGCGCUUGGUGCCCAACGUCCAUCUGGGUACGAUCCUGUCCAAUGAGGCAGAGUGGGUGGAGUCGGGCACGGAAAUGGAUUGGAAGUGCGUGGCCUGCGGCACGGUGAAUUUAGUGGUGAAAGGCUCCAAGUGUGCAGCAAUGGUGGACACCAGGGCGGAAAUGAACAUCAUCCGGGAGGCGGAUGCUAUCAGAUUCGGGCUGGACAUAGACCGAUCUGAAUGCGAUGGACUGAGUCGGAUCAACUGGGAUAAACAGGAAGGGGAGGCGGUGGAGAAUACGCCCCCAGUUGAUGGAUUUCUGGACCAGGAAAAAGAUGUUCGUCUUCACAUCAACAAGUGGUCGCCGCGAGUGCCCAGUUGCGUAGGCUAUCCUAUCUGGCAAGCGCCGAAUGGGUAUGAAAGGAGGGCCGAGCUAGUCCUCAAACCCUUUGAAGAAGAGGAUCUCUGGGGUGGUAAGGAUGUUCAGUGGAUGAUGGAGUUAGCGCUGACCAGCUCGCAUAGACUGGUGGAGGACAUGAGGAUGAUUGAGGGAGGACCUGGCCAGGUAGAACGGCAUGAGGUCCUGAUGGGAGGAAUGUAUCUCCUCGUCAACACAUUAUUGCAGGAAAGCUUUGGCCAGUCAUGCUCGUUGAACCCGACGGGGAAUAUGGACGAAGUGCCCGAGAGCCAGGACGACGAGUUCGAGGAGGGGGAGAUUAAGGAGGCCUUUCGUGCAGAGGAGUAUGAUGGGAUCUACCUAGAGUUGGGACUCCUUCUGUCGUGUGAAAUGCGGCUUAGGGAUGCGAGUCUGACUUUACGAAGACAACCAUUCCAAGAGGAGGGAGGGAGACACGGUCGCCUCGGAGGCCGUUGGGGGCAUCAGGAGGAUAUGAGCGGCAUGGACCUCGCCUGUGGGACCCAUCGCGUGGAUCCGUUGGGAGGUGACGACGAGGUCAGAGGUGGAGAUGAGGAUGCAGGAGCUGCGACCCUCGCCUCUCAUGCCCUGGAGCACCCAGACCUAGAAGAGUCAGCACCCGCAGAGCCGCGCCAGGAGCCGUGUCAGCCCGAGAAGAAGAUGGAGGCAGAAAUCCCGAAGAGGGUCGACCUCCGCACGAAGGAAAGGGCGCCAGCUGGAGAGACGGGUGAAGAAAAGAGGGCAAGAAGAACCAAAAGGAUAGAGGAAAUAUGGCAAGAGAGACAAAGGUUGGAGGCGGUGUGGGCACUCCCAGAGCAACAGCAGGAAAGGCAGAGUGUGGAGGGAGCAGGGGCGCUCUCGGGUCAGCCUCCCAGCGCGCCAGCCAAGGCCUCGAAAAUCCCAGAGAUGUGGAGGGACUUCUGGGAGCAGAGAGGAGAGGAGUUUCCUUUGCCAACCAGAGCCGGGUUUGGGGUAGCAAGGAAGGCAAAAGAAAGGUUGGAUCGCAAAAUCAAGUUCCUGGCCAAGGCAACUUUUGACCGACACUUGUUAUUGGAGAGCGAUCUGGCAGGAAAAAAGAUAAAGGAAGCAGGCCAUGGGGUACGCCUGGAGGCUAUGGAGGUGGAAAUCCAGGAACUCAGGGCAUUGGUGGUCAUUCAGGCAACUAUCAUCGAGAGCCUGAGGCAGCGAUCUCAGGGAGAGGUGGACAAGCCAGAGAGCAGCCGACGGGGAGAGCAGAGGCAGCCAGGACAUGGUUUGCCAGGACAACCAUCUGCAGCAGAGACUCGCCAGGAGCCACCUAUGGGGAGAGUUAUCCUGGAGCGAGAGGAGGCGAGAGCCUAGAGGGAGGCAGAGAGAGAGGCCUUCGAGUUCAGAGCCCCUACCGAGCUCGCGAUGCUACCUAUAG